GAUACCUAGCUAUAAGUAAACCCAUUCCACUAGCAAUGAGUUUCAGAACGUAAAUAUAGAUAGUCCAAUGGCUUCUUCAUUGGAGAGAAAAAGCCAUCCCAAAAUAAAUCAUGCUGAGCCUGAGGAUGAAAUUACAAAGGAAGAGGAAGAAGAAAGCUUCUGCUAUGCCAUGCAGCUGGUGGGUUCUACUGCGCUGUCCAUGUCUCUGCAAUCAGCAAUUAAGCUUGGGGUUUUUGACAUCAUAGCCAGAGAGGGUCCAGGGGCCAAGCUCUCUUCGUCUGAGAUUGCAGCCAAGAUUGGCACCAAGAACCCUGAGGCACCCAUGAUGGUGGAUAGAAUCCUCAGGCUCCUCACCAGCUACUCUGUUCUUAAUUGCUCUGCUGUUGCUGCUAAUGGUGGGUCUGAUUUUCAGAGGGUCUACAGCUUUGCCCCUGUGUCCAAGUACUUUGGGAACGAUGAAGAAGGUGUUUCUUUGGGCCCCGUUUUGACAUUGAUUCAAGACAAGUGGAUACUUCAUGAUUGGAGCGAUGAGCACUGCCUAAAGCUGUUGAAGAAUUGUUACAAAGCUAUUCCAGACAAUGGAAAAGUGAUUGUUGUGGAAGCACUACUUCCAGCUAUGCCAGAUACUAGCACUGCUGUGAAAAGCACUUCCCAACUUGAUGUGAUUAUGAUGACUCAAAAUCCAGGAGGGAAGGAGAGGAGUGAACAAGAAUUCAUGGCCCUGGCAACUGGUGCUGGAUUUAGUGGCAUCAGAUAUGAAUGUUUUGUCUGUAACUUUUGGGUUAUGGAGUUCUUUAAGUAACCAAAGCAUACGAAAACUUACACACUAAAAUGAAGGUGUUAAGUCUCCAAGCCUAAUAAAAGAUUGGCAAAUGUUUCUUAUCUAUAAGCAAGAAAAUAUUGAAGACUCAGUACUGCACUUAAAGUCUGCAGAUUAUUUUACUUAAUUAA